AGCUCCAGGAAGGCUGUUCGCUUCCCCGGACGCUCUGGAAUCUCCUCCCCCACACUCCUCCUAGCGCUGGGGCAGGUUUGCGCAGCCGUGUUUCGGCUGCCCUCGCUGCUCGGGGCUGGGACUCUUGGCACCAGCCAAAGCGCUUCUGCCCGGGAGGGAAGCGCUGGGAGCGGCCCCGGCCCCGUGGAGCCGCCGGAGGGACGCGGCAGCUGCACCAGCACAUCACCCCUCCACCUGUCCCUGGGGGUUCGGGGAGCUCAGGCCUGCCCUGACUGGCUGCAGGACACGUUCCUGCAGAGCCCCACCAUCCAGCCAUGCUGCGCUUCCUCUGGGAGGGCAUCUCCUUCCAGAUGCUCCUGGUCUUCCUCGUUGUCUUCCUGCUUGUCGCUGACUACAUGAAGCACAGAAAGCCAAAGAACUUUCCUCCUAGGCCCCUGUGCCUCCCCCUCGUGGGGCACUUGUAUUUGAUGAACUUCAGAGAUCCCCAGAGCUCAGUGCAGAAGCUCACUGACAAAUAUGGGGACAUUUUCAGCACGCAGAUUGGCAGCAUGACAACUGUGUGUGUAAGUGGGCUGAGGCUGAUUAAGGAAGUUCUUGUAAACCAAGGGGAGAACUUCCUGGAUCGCCCUGAAAUUCCUCUUGAUGCAGAGGUCUUCAGCAGAAUAGGACUGAUCUCCUCCAAUGGGCACUUGUGGAAGCAGCAGAGGAGGUUCACCUUGAGCACCCUCCGAAACUUUGGCCUGGGGAAGAGGAGCCUGGAGGAGCGCAUCCAGGAGGAGUGCCGGUUCCUUGUGGAUGUGUUUAGGGAUGAGCAGGGGAGUCCUUUUGAUCCUCGCUUUAAAAUCAAUAAUGCUGUUGCAAACAUCAUCUGCUCCCUUACCUUUGGCAAUCGCUUUGACUACCACGAUGAGCACUUCCAGAAACUGCUGUGGCUGAUGGAUGACACAGUUAGGCUCCACGGGUCUGUCAUGAGCCAGCUGUACAGCGCUUUUCCAUCUAUAAUUAAGUUCCUCCCUGGAUCCCACCAAAACAUUUUUAAAAACUGGAAGUGGAUGAAAAAUUUUGUCCAAGAGAGGGUCGACAAACACAAGGAGGACUGGAACCCCUCGGAGAGCCGGGACUUCAUCGACACCUACCUGCAGGAGAUAGCCAAGGACAAUGGCAGUGGCAGCUUCCAGGAGAAGAACCUCGUGGCGUGCGUGCUUGACCUGCUGUUUGCUGGGACCGAGACCACUUCCACAACCCUCCGCUGGGCUCUGCUGUAUAUGGCCACGCAUCCAGAAAUUCAAGCCCGUGUGCACGCCGAGAUCGACGCAGUCAUCGGGCAGGCGCGGCAGCCGGCCCUGGAGGACAGGAACAACAUGCCCUACACCAACGCUGUCAUCCACGAGGUGCAGAGGAAAGGCAACAUCAUCCCGUUCAACGUGCCAAGACUGACAACGAAGGACACGGUCUUGGACGGCUUCGUCGUACCAAAGGGUGUUAUUAUGGUCACAAACUUAACCUCCCUGAUGUUUGACAAGAAUGAGUGGGAAACCCCUGAUGCCUUCAACCCUGGGCAUUUCCUGAAGGAUGGUCAGUUCUGGAAAAGGGAGGCUUUUAUUCCUUUUUCUAUAGGGAAGCGAGCCUGCCUGGGCGAGCUGUUGGCCCGCUCCGAGCUCUUCCUCUUCUUCACGGCUCUGCUCCAGAAGUUCACCUUCCAGGCUCCCCCAGACACCACACUCAGCUUCCGGCCCAGGCUGGGCAUCACCAUGGCCCCAGAGCCCUACAAGAUCUGUGCUGUGCCUCGGUAGGGAAGUCUUGGCCUCCAUCCUUAUGGGAAAACCCUUAAGCAGGGAUGUAGAAACUGAGCCCUCGGCCUCUCCCCUCGGUGGUGGUGACACAACCAGCUGGCUCCAGGGAGAGGCUGGGCUAUUUGUUUGUUUAUUUUAAAGUAACUGCAAAAUGAUUUGUUUUAUGAGCAGACCUUGCACUCUGGAUCAUGAGACAGGUGACCAGCCUGGGAUCACCCAGGGCACUUUCAGUCUUGCAGUUCUGCUCUGUACAUGAAUGAGGUGCUUGAACCUUUCCUAAUGCUAUGCUGGGGGGGCCCUGCUCCACCAGGGCAGGAGAAUGAGCAGCACUGGAGGGUGCAGUGUUCAGGCUGGGGCUGUGCUCUGUGGGAAAGCAGGACUGGCCUGUGCUUUAGAGCUGUGAUACAGGGAGCAAUUGCUAGCAUUUUUUGCUUUUCUUGUCCUUGCAAAAUAAUCUGUUAAAAAGAGUUACUAUAACAUCUCUUUGCAUUCAUCAAUAAAUCCUUACUAAACA